AUGUUCUUAAAUACCAUCACUUCGUUAUUAGAUUUCCACAAAAAGAAUGCUUCAAAGAUACCAUCAGCAACCCUGCCAGCGGAAAUUUCCCUCCUCAUUACUAAUUCUUGUAAUACUAAUAAUCAAGAUAAAAUAAAUUCGCCAAUGGAACAUGAAUUACACCUACCCAAUUCUUCAUCAAUUGCCAAUUCCGAUAACAGUCUUAGUUUUGGUGAGCGGGUUGCCUCCUAUAUGUCAAAAUCAAGGACACAGAAGGCUGCUUAUUACAGCUUCCCCAAGCAUCGUCACCGAUUUGAAUCUUCAAUUUACUCUUCAAGUGACAUAACUUCCAUUACUUCCAUUACUCCAUCUUUCAAUAUUAGCAAUGUCUUUGAUCGCUUUGCCAACGUUUUCAAAGGUAAAAUUCUUACCAAAAAGAAUUUUACAUUGUUUGUCGCUGAAGUGGCAAUCAAUAUGCUUAGUGAACAAGGAAGAAUCGGCCAUCAUUUGGAAUUGGAGCAUAUCAAUUCCUGUAUUUAUGUCCUAUGGAGAACCCUAGAGCUCUGCCAACAAGGGGCAGUUAUUGAUAUCACCAAUUGGGAUUUCUGUGAACAAGCAGAAAAGUCAAGCGUUGUUGAUGAUGAUGAUAAACCGUCGAUUGGGAAUUUUCAUGCAGUUAAUGGCUCUUCAAUUCCUAAUAAUGUUGAUGAUGAAGACGACAAUCAAAACAACCUAGUUUCAAGUAAUGAUAGUCCCCAAAGAGAAGAUGCAAUUGUUGAUAAUGAACCGGUGUAUGAGGCACUGAUCAAUGAUCAGUUUAAAAACUUCAAUAAUUUGGAAGAAUUUGUGGCCUUUGCUAAUAACAUUGAAACAUCCAAUAUGCAUAUUGAAGCAAAAGUCGAUAAUUAUCUUGAGCAACAUCAAUUAAUAAUUGGUGAUGAAUAUUACAUUUUCAAUGACCAUGGAACACACCGUGCAGACAAAGCCUUACCAGCUUGUAUAACCAUUGCUCUCGCGUUUGAUAAGUGUGGAAUCCCGAUACCACAAAAAAGCCAUGUACGAUUUCUUGAUAUUUGCCUUGAAAGAUAUAGAGACCCACCUUAUAAUAUCCCGAAAUUUCUUGAUGUGAAGAUAGAGCAGUGUUGUUGUCAAGGUAAAGCUUUAGCAACUUUUGUAUUUAUCGCCCGCAGUUACUUCUCCAAUGGGGUCCGCAUUGAUCAAUAUGAGCUUGCCGGUCUUUUACAUGGAAUACAAGAACAAUUUGAAAAAUCAUGUGGGAGAAAAAAUGAUUCCAAACUUGGAUGGGAGGGAAAUUCUUGUAGUAAAAGUCAUUGUCUUUGCAAAAAUUCCGGUUCUGCUAAUAAUUAUUUAUCCAAUUUUCACGAGAGUUUUGCGAGUCCUAUGGGGAAGGCAACAAUUGAAAAAUCGUUGACGAUUUCAGAAAAAGGCUCUCCAUUGUUGAAGAAAGGAUUGCAAAAGAAGAGAAGUAUUAGCAAGAAGAAGAAAAAAAAGAAGAAUAAGAAGAAGAAUGGUAAUAAGAAGAAAGCAUCAAUUAGAAAGCAACCAUCAACCAUCAAAGGUCAAGACAAAAAUAUUGAUGCCACUGAUGAAAGUUUAACCAUUCUUCCAUUAGCUAUGAGCUCCCCGAUUGAAAAGAAUCUUGAAAAAGCUAAACAAGAGAAACCAAAUGAAGAGAGCCUUACCAAACGAAAUCCUCCAAGAAGACUUUUACCUCACUGUUUGCUUUGA